AUGCCCUCCCCUCCACAGAUCGUCACCACCGACCUCGACGGGCCGCAGUCCCCGGACCCAGUCAACAACUCGCCGCACACCCCCGUCAACCAGCACCCGGCAAACGAUCCCAGCCAUCUUUCCCCCUCCAACCAGGGCGCCCUCGCCCCCGGCUCUCCUACGCUCACGACGAGCUCGUCUGUCCACUUCAACGAGGAUGGAUCCCCGACGUCCCAGCUCCCGCCGUCAUACCACAGCGACGCCGGUGGCGCUACCACCGCCAACAACAGCCUGAGCGUUCCCGACAGCCCAUCGAAGCACAAGCGGAAAUGGAGCAUCGGCACCUGGUCCUCAAACGGCAAGGAGCGUGAUCUCUCUGUUGUUGAACCCACCGAGAGCGACUCGGACGAGGACGGCGACAAGAAGAAGAAGAAGAAGAAGGGCAAGGAGGAGCUUGUCUCCCACCUCGACCCGUCCAAGGACACGACCGACCCCGCCCCCUUCACCGAGAAGCCCUCGACGCUCGCCAUGCUUGUGGACCCCAAGUCGCUUGACGAUCUCCAGAAGAUUGGUGGAGUCCAGGGCCUGCUGAAUGGUCUGGGUGUUGACCCGUCACGUGGUCUUCCCGCCGAAAACGGUGCUAGUAGCGGUGCUCCCCGCUCAUCCUCUGAGCAGAGGGCUAUCGACGGUGGCGAUGGCCCCCAGUGGAGCGCUACCUACGAGCAGCGCCGCAAGGUCUACGGACGCAAUGACCUGCCCGAGCGCAAGUCCAAGUCCAUCUUCCAGCUCAUGUGGGAUGCCUUCAAGGACAAGGUCCUGAUCCUGCUUUCCGUCGCGGCUGUCGUCUCGCUCGCCCUCGGUCUCUACCAGGACUUCGGUGCCCCUCCUCACAUCACCUACUCCGACGAGUGCCCCAAUGGUUGUGAGGACCCCAAGGUUGAUUGGAUUGAGGGUGUUGCCAUUAUGGUCGCCAUCAUCAUUGUUGUUCUGGUUGGCUCUAUCAACGACUGGCAGAAAGAGCGCCAGUUUAAGAAGCUGAACGAGAAGCGCGAGGACCGUACCGUCAAGGUUCUCCGUGGCGGAAGUGAGCAGGUCAUCAACGUCCGCGACAUUGUCGUCGGUGACAUUGCCAUGCUCGAGCCCGGAGAGAUUCUUCCUGUCGAUGGUGUCUUCCUUAGGGGUCACAACGUCCGCUGCGACGAGUCUGGCGCGACUGGUGAAUCGGACGCGAUUAAGAAGUCGUCCUACGACGAGUGCAUCCGCGAGCGCGACAACCUUCAGCCCGGCCAGCGCGCCAAGCUCGACUGCUUCAUGGUUUCCGGUUCGAAGGUCCUGGAGGGUGUCGGCGAGUACGUCGUCACCUCUGUCGGCACCUACUCGUUCAACGGCCGUAUCAUGAUGGCGAUGCGUACCGACACUGAGGAGACGCCCCUCCAGCUCAAGCUCAACAAGCUCGCCGAGCUUAUCGCCAAGGCUGGUGCUGGCUCAGGUCUCAUCCUGUUCAUCUCGCUCAUGAUCCGCUUCUUCGUCCAGCUCCGCACCGACCCCGAUCGCACGCCGAACGAAAAGGCGCAGUCUUUCGUCCAGAUUCUCAUUAUUUCCGUCACCCUUAUCGUGGUUGCCGUUCCUGAGGGUCUUCCGCUCGCUGUCACUCUCGCACUCGCCUUCGCCACAAAGCGUAUGACGAAGCAGAACCUGCUCGUCCGUGUGCUCGGCUCUUGUGAGACCAUGGGUCACGCCACUGUCAUCUGUACCGACAAGACCGGUACCCUCACGCAGAACGUGAUGUCGGUCGUUGCUGGAUCCCUCGGUGUCCACGGCAAGUUUGUUCGCAACCUUAAGGAGAACGCCGAGCGCAACAUUGCCAACGACGCGGACCCCGACCGCCAGGACUUUGCCUUUGACUCUUCCGAGAUGAACGAGGUCGCCUCGCCCGAGGUUAUUACUCUGUUCAACGAGGCCAUCUGCAUCAACUCGACUGCUUUCGAGGACACCGACCAGGACGGUAACACCGAAUUUGUCGGUUCCAAGACUGAGACUGCUCUUCUCCGCUUCGCCAAGGAGCUCGGCUGGCCCAACUACAAGACCACCCGUGAGAGCGCCCAGGUCGUUCAGAUGAUUCCGUUCUCGUCCGAGCUCAAGAGCAUGGGAGUUGUCAUCAAGACUGCGACUGGCUACCGUCUCUACGUCAAGGGUGCUUCCGAGGUCAUCACCGCCAAGUGCACCCACUACAUUGAUGUCACACGCCACACCGAGGGUCUCCACGUCAGCGAGUACGACGCCGCUGCCGCCGAGAACAUUCAGAACACCAUCAUGUUCUACGCCAACCAGACCCUCCGUACUCUCGCUCUCUGCUACCGCGACUUCCCCCAGUGGCCUCCUGCGGGCGCCGAGGGCACCGACCCCGAGCAGGUUCCCUUCGCCCUCACCAACCAGGACCUCACUCUCAUCGCCAUCACCGGUAUCGAGGACCCGCUCCGCCCUGGUGUCGCCGAGGCUGUUAGAGCCUGCCAAGGCGCUGGUGUUGCGGUCAAGAUGUGCACUGGUGACAACGUUCUGACUGCCCGCUCCAUUGCCCGCCAGUGUGGCAUCUUCACUGCUGGUGGCAUUGUCAUGGAAGGCCCCGUGUUCCGUGCUCUUUCCGACGCCGACCGCCACAUGGUCGCCCCGCGUCUCCAGAUUCUGGCGCGUUCUUCUCCCGAGGACAAGAAGCUGCUCGUCCGCACCCUCAAGGAGCAGGGUGAGGUCGUCGGUGUCACUGGUGACGGUACCAAUGACGGUCCAGCGCUCAAGCUCGCCAACGUCGGUUUCGCCAUGGGUAUCGCCGGUACUGAGGUCGCCAAGGAGGCUUCGGACAUUAUUCUCAUGGACGACUCGUUCUCGAACAUUGUCCUCGCCAUCAUGUGGGGUCGCUGUGUCAACGACUCGGUCAAGAAGUUCCUCCAGUUCCAGAUCUCCGUCAACAUCACUGCCGUCGUCAUCACUUACGUUUCCGCCGUUGCCUCUGCUUCCGAGUCCUCGGUCCUGACUGCCGUUCAGCUUCUCUGGGUCAACCUGAUCAUGGACACCUUUGCCGCGCUUGCUCUCGCCACCGACCCCGCUACGCCCGCGUCGCUUAGGCGCAAGCCCGACCGCAAGGACGAGCCCCUCAUCAACACCGACAUGGUCAAGAUGAUCGUCAUCCAGGCUAUCUACCAGAUCUGUGUCUGUCUGGUCCUCCACUUUGCUGGUGCGAAGAUCAUUGGUCUCGACCCCAACGAUGUAGGAGACGUUGCCGACCUCCGUACCCUCGUCUUCAACUGCUUCGUGUUCUGCCAGAUCUUCAACCAGCUCAACUGUCGCCGUCUCGACCGUCACUUCAACGUUCUCGAGGGCUUCUUCAAGAACUACUGGUUCAUGGCCAUUUUCCUUAUCAUGGUUGGUGGUCAGAUUCUCAUCAUUGAGGUCGGUGGCGCCGCCUUCCAGGUCACCCGUCUCUACGGCCGUGACUGGGGAAUUUCGAUCAUUGUCGGCUUCAUCUCUCUUCCCCUCGGUGUCAUUGUCCGUCUCCUCCCGACCGCCCCUGUCACGCGCUUCCUCAUCAAGAUCCACGUCUACAAGGACCCCUCGAAGAAGGCUCAGGAGGACCUCGAGCUCAUGGAGGAGAAUGUUGGUGACUACACCUACAACCCGGCUCUCGAGAAGGUCAAGAACGACCUCACCACCUUUGCCAGCAUCCGUGGUGGCCGUCUCCGUGGCUCGUCUCUGAUGACUGGUGGUCGCUCGCACCACAAGGAGCUCAAGAAGGCCAACAUUGCUCUUCCCUCUCUCCUCACCAUGGUCCCUACCCUUAUCGCGGGUACGGUCGGUGCGGGUUCGCACUGGAUCUACCAGACGAACCCCGAGGCGCUCGCGGACCCGGCCAACCAGGAGCAGACCAAGUCGACCGUCGACCUGUACAAGGACAAGGUGCAGCUGCACCCCGACACGGACCCGAACGACCCGCUCUACGCCAAGUUCGGCUUAACGCCUCCCAGCCAGGAUGAGAAGAGGCAGUAA